CCUGCCCGGACUGCAUCAGGUCUGAUCAGAGCUCGUCCAGCCCACAGACCAUGUCUGCACGUCUCUGGCUGAUCCGGCUUUAAAAGUUGGGGUCCCAUCUCCAAAGGCUACGCCGUCUGAUUUGAUGUUGAAACUAGGAAAACCCGGUGAAAACUUGCAAGCAGUGAAGUCACAGACUCAGUCUGGGCUUUCAAAGACAACUCUGGAAGUAUUCGGGGCUGUGUAUCAGAGCUAUAAAGAUUGGAAUCGGGAGGCACACCAGGAAAUCGUUACCCUCGUCAGAAUGAGAUUCGCCGCGGCUGCUGAACCUAACGGGCCCUGGGAAAGGUUGACAGGCUGAAUGUGGGAACUAGAAAAAACACUGAUGCAACGGGAGGUUUUCAGGCUCUCGUGGGGGGCCGUGGGGCGGUGAGCAAGACCCAGAUUUCCUGGGGGUGGCUGAUGGCGAUGUCACGCGACAACUGGAAAGCACAGGGGGACGUCCGGUUGGGGGAAAUGUUAGUUCCGCUCAGCACACGCUGGGAUCGGACGUAUCGGAGACACAUAAACCGUGGAGCACGUAGUUUGUCUUCGCCGGUGUGGAGCGAGACAACAAAAUCCGGAUUGCCACUUCAGAUUCUGUAUUCUGAUUCUCAGGGUCGCAUCCGAAGCCACACAGAACGACCCGCCGGGAGCACUCACGGGGAAAGGAAGAGAGUUCUUCGGACCGAAAUCUGCUCUGUCACAUACACCGUGACUGUCCUCUGGGCACCGGAGGAGCCCUCUGAUGUGCAUUUUUCUUCGCAGAUCCACCUGGGCCCACAGCUUUCUUCGAAAGGCUCUUGCCGGAUUCAAAUUUCUCUGCCCUUGAAGCAAAAACAUGGUUUUGAACAAUAUCCGGGCAACGAUUUUUCUCUUUCUCACCGGACCCGGCAUCGUGGGGAACAUCUCUGUGUUUGUGAAGUAUAUGUGCGCGUUCUUUUCGGGCACUGCGACGAAAUCUGUACACCUUCUUAGCCUCCACUUGGCUUUUGCAAAUACCGUGACACUUUUGUCCAAGGUAACGCUGAAAACAAUAGCGAUGUUUGGUGUGAGAAACGUCCUGGGCGACAUGGGCUGUAAAGCGUUUGUGUUUCUGGAGAGGGUGGCCCGGGGCCUUUCGAUCUCCACCAGCAGCUUCCUCGCCGUGGUCCAGGCCACCACCAUCAGCCCCAGAGCCCCCAUGCCUGCCAGCUUCAAGCCAGCAUCCGCAAGGCACAUCCUUCCCCUCUGCCUCUUCUUCUGGGUCCUCAACUCCUUGGUCAGCAUGAACUUACUCUACUACGUCAGAAACACGAGCAGCCUAAACAGGUCACAAGCUAGCCACGGAAAUAGCUGCUCUUACGUCCUCCCAAGAAGCCAGGUCAUGAAGUGGACGUUUCCCAUCCUCAUGGCCCUGCGGGAUUUCUCGUUUCUGAGUCUCAUGGGCUGGGCCAGCGCCUAUAUGGUGCUUCUUCUCCACAAGCACCACAGGCAAGUCCUCUACCUUCAGAAAUCCAAGAUCCUCCACCAGACCCCCCCCGAGAGAAGAGCCGCUCACAGUGUUCUCCUUCUGAUGCUUUGUUUUCUUUUAUUUUAUUGGACAGAUUGUCUUCUUUCUCUGGGCUUAAAUUUCUCCUUAGAGAAUGCUUCUUUCGUAUUAAAUAUUCAAGAAUUUCUAACUCUUGGUUAUGCAAUUCUCAGCCCGUUUGUGCUGAUUCACAGAGAUGGACAUCUGGGUGGAUGUUGGCAUACUCAAUAAAUCCUGAAAAAUGCCUGGUUUUUCACAGAUCCCUUGGGUAGCAAGUUUGAAAGAAGACAUGUUAUGGCUGAGCGCUAAAAAAAAAAAUGAAGCCUGGCUUAAACAAAUUAAAGUAUCGUAUUAUACAGUAAAGCUGGUGACUAGUAGCCAUGAGCUGACACAGGAAGGAGACUAUAAUAACCUCUGGGGACUCAGCCUUCUUCUCAUGUCCAUCCUGCCACCCUCGGGAAGAGUUAGCCAAUUCCACUUUCUUUCUUAUAAGAUGUCUCUUUAACUAUCACGCUUCCUGUAGGAAAAAGAAGAAUCUGUCAAAUUCCAUCAAAAAGCUGAUGUACUUACUCUUUGACUUAUAAGCUUAACUUCUAGGAGGAUCAAGCAGAUAAAUAUUGCUCAUAGGAGAUUUGGAGCCUAAAAACUAUUACAAACUGCAGCGAUUUUUUAAACACAUCAACUAAAAUAUCUAGCCAAAAAGGGCUGUUUUGCUGGCUAUGUGAAAGUAUCCUAGAGGAUCCAGCCAUACAAAGGAAUUUUUGUUGAGCUUGUGAAAGAACAGGUGAGUUCAAAAUGUAUUGUUAUGGAAUAAUAUUCAAAGUGUAUUUGUAAUUAAUAAGAGAUAGUAAUUCAAGAGCAAUAGU